AUGACGUCUAACCUGUGGUUACCUGCCGUUUCACCUCUCUUCUUCUAUUCUCCUUCCCCAACUUACUUCUCCAGCUCAUCUUUCACGGCAUCAUGGACUACCCUUCUUGAUCCUUCCCUUCCAUCAGGGAACAACACCGCCGCUCAGACUUCUGGACCUGCUGGAGUCAUUUUACCUUCCAUAUAUGCCACAACUUUUACUCCUAUUUGGGAAGAGACCAAUGAUUAUGCCGUUCAAGUGGCUCAAGGUUCACAACCAGCUUAUCCGUGGGUGUCAGGGAAUACCACGGAUGUGAGUAGUUUUGGGGUACAGACAUACGAACUAGGAGUCCAGUGUGGAUCUGGGGAUUGUUCACAGUCACCAUUUACGUUUAGAGGAGCUUGGGUGGAGACUUAUUAUUCUCCCGCCGGAUCAGAACAACAAAAUGUGACGAUUGAUGAUGCCUCCAAUGCCAUUACCUAUGCUGGGUUCUCGAGUGCCAACACGCAAGCUAUGGUACCGGUCGGCUCACAGGAUCAUCAAGGGACAUUGAGUGAGACGACUACUUCAGGAGCGACAGCUAAUGUGACAUUUCAAGGUGCAUCAAUACUCAUCGUCGGAGCCGUCUCCCCCAAUUUGGGUACUUUCACCAUAACAGUAGACUCCGUUCUCACUGCCACCCUAUCCGCUUCUUCGAAUGUCCAAGCUCACUCAGUUCCUCUAUUCUUCACUUCCAACCUUGACACCACACAGAAACAUCUAGUCAGUAUUCAAUGUACAGGCGCAGGUUUGGUGAUUGAUUCUAUGACCAUAUGGGGACCCUCUGGCGGCGUAAGCUUUUAUGGACCGGAUGGAACGCCGAUUGGAGGCAGCACCGGAAGCAGCACAAGUACAUCUGCGACACUCACUAAUCCUUCAUCUUCUGCAUCAGCUUCUGGCGACACCUUACCUGGAGCCACAACGACCGCUACGCCUAAUGUCGGUGAGUUAUCUGAAUUGAGAAAUGUUAUAAACGGGUUGACGGGACAGGCGGGACUCUGGUGGUUAUUCAACAAAGCGGCGAAACUCGUACCUAAACCCAAAGGCAGAGAUCUCAAUGGAUGGGAUCGAGCAAACCUGCUUCCGGCCGUGACGGCCAAGCAUAAUGAGCAAGUCCAUGUCACCACCUUUGCCAAUCAGAGAUAUGUUUAUCGUCAGUAU